GCCAACCGCCCUCAAUCGAUCCUUUCGAUUCUCGUCGCUCGUUUACCCAAACCCGACAACGAACGACUCGGAAAUCAUCAAUAGACACUCAAUCUGGAGACUCGACAUUUGGUAGCCACCUGCUGGUCUUUACACCAUGGCGGAUGGCAAGCAUCACCAUAGCCGGCGGGCGCCAACCACCGACGCAUUCGAUCCCGCCGAGCUUACCCAUGCUUUUGAGCAGUUGAUGCGUGUCAAAAGAUUCGAUCGCUUGCUGGAAAAGUCCCGGUCUCCUUCUCGCACACAGUCUCCAUCUCCUUCCCCCUAUCGGUCGCAACCGUCUCAUCCCUCGCAAGCCCUACCAGCAACACAGCCCGCGCAACCACAACCAUCAUCGCAAUCGCCUUCACUACGAAAUCUUCCAAUCGUUCCAUAUCCUCCGCAAGAUCAAAAUGCAUUCAAAUUCCGGAACCUCCUCCACGUUCUUUCCGUAACGCCAACAAAGUACGAAAACCCCGGUCUUCUUGACGAGGCCCUAUCCUUGAUCCCACUCGACAAGCUGUACUCGGAAGCGGAUGAGGAGUGUCAGAUUAUUCAGGCCCAGGCACGGAGCCUUAAGAGAAAGCCCGAAUGGGGUUACCAGGACUGUGUCAUCCGGGCAUUGUUAAGAUGGUUUAAACGGUCUUUUUUCCACUGGGUCAACAAUCCCCCUUGCUCGCGAUGCCUUACACCGACGAUUGCACAUGGCAGAGCCCCGCCGACGCCAGAUGAGGCCGCCAGGGGUGCCAACCGAGUCGAACUGUAUAGAUGUGCAGAUCCGUCCUGUGGCGCCUACGAACGUUUCCCUCGCUACUCGGACGUAUGGCAGUUACUGCAGACUAGACGGGGUCGAGUAGGUGAAUGGGCAAAUUGCUUCAGCAUGUUCUGCCGUGCGCUUGGUGGCCGUGUACGCUGGGUGUGGAACUCCGAAGAUUACGUCUGGACUGAAGUCUACUCUGAACAUCAGAAACGAUGGAUUCAUGUAGACGCAUGCGAAGAGACAUGGGACCAGCCUCGUCUCUAUGCCGAAGGAUGGGGUCGCAAAAUAUCCUAUUGUAUUGCCUUCUCCAUUGAUGGUGCAACAGAUGUCACGCGACGAUAUGUCCGAAGCCCCGCUAAACACGGAGCACCCCGGUCGCGUGUUCCCGAGGAAGUGCUUGUGUGGAUCAUCCAGGAAAUUCGGAAAAUGCGUCGCGAAAAUCGGCCCAAGGAGGAGCAGAGGCGGCUGUUCAAGGAAGACGAGCGCGAGGAACGUGAAUUACGCAUGUACACGGCCUGUGCCCUUGCGGCGGAGUUGAAAAAUCUCCUGCCAUCCAAUCGCUCGCCCUCUGCCCGACCGGACGAAGUGAAGGUGCCACAGACAGCGGAGCCCCAGGCGGCUUGGAACAAUAGCCGUCAAAGAUCUGGCCACUCCGGCCCCGACGGAUCGCAAGGCGACCGAUAA